AACAAAAAGAAAAGCAUAUAAUAAUUUAAAAAAUAACAUUCAAAAAACUAACCACCUUAUUUAUAAUAAAGGGCGAUCAAUAAAGAAUAUGGAUAAUAAAUAAUUAAAUGAAUGCAAUUGUUACACAGUGAUUAAAAAAUCGACAUUCAACGGUGGAUAAUCAAUAAAACAUACUUUGCUGACUUGACGUCAACUAUUUUAUCAGUACAUUGUGCACCUCGCAGUAGUUCUUCGGUUAUCCCAUAAAGAAUUUGUGAAAUUUGAGAGGACCUUUUUAUUUUUUUGUGGGUAUGGAUUUAGAUGGGCUAAUUAAAGUGAGUAUUACAACAAAAUUUAUAUGGAUUACUUUAAAAAUUGCCCUGAUUGAUUUAUCUUGUUUUUUCAAUUUUUUUUCAAACAUUACACCCUUGUGCUUGUGUGUUUGUCCGGUGACUCAUUUGCUAAUUACACUUUUCUAAUAGCCACGCAAAAAAAUCAAUAUCAACAACAGGUAGGCAGAUAACACUUCCACAAAAAGAUAAAAUUAAUCAGUGUGUAGUAAUGCUGGAGUCACUAAAAUAAUAAUAAGUUGCACUUAAAAUCACAUCCAUGGGAGUAUACGUCAGCUGAAUUACAUCGUCCAAUUGCAAGGCUUUUAACUUCGUCCCCCACCAUUGUGUGUGUGAAAUUCGAAAUUGGGAGUGAGCCUUUUUAAAAUCCACCAGAAUCCUCACAUCACAUCUUUUUGUGAAGUGGAGUUUGCACUACGAAGCAAUUAUGAAUUUUAUAACCAAUAUUUGGUUUGCACUGUCACCAACAUGGCACAGCAUCAUCUUUGCCAUGCUCACAGUCUUCCUGGCCUACAAAUACUUGACCAGGAACCACAACUACUGGAAAGACCGGGGCGUCCCCUUCGUGCCUCCGGUCUUCCUGGCCGGAAGCCUGUGGGAGGUCUUCAGUGGGAAGGCCCAAAUCGGCCGCCACCUGGGCCACCUCUACACCCAAUUCCCCGGUGAGCCCUACUUCGGCAUCUACAUAAUGGGCAAGCCGUACCUGGUGAUCAGAAACCCGGAUAUAAUAAAAAACAUAACCAUUAGGGACUUCGCCAAUUUCGACGACAGGACCUUCGCCUGCGACAAAAAGGCCGACCCCAUGGCCGGCAACAGCCUGUUCAUAAUGAGAAAUCCGGACUGGAAGAACAUCCGGAACAAGCUAACGCCGAUCUUCACUUCGGGAAAGCUCAAGCUUAUGGUGCCCCUCAUGAAGAAGCACAGCAACGACAUGGUUAAAUACUUGGAGACCGCCACCGAUAAAACGUUAAACAUAAAAGACGUCUCUGCUAAUUACAUGACCGACUUGGUGGCCUCCUGCUUCUUUGGCAUUGACUCGUACUCUUUCGGCGAAGUCGAUUCGGACUUCAGGAUCUUCUGUCAGAAUAUGUUCAAUUUGGGCCUUGGCGAUUCUUUCAGGCUGUUCUGUUACUUUUUUAUACCCAAGUUCGUGUACUGGUUUAAAUUUAGGCUGUUCGACACGACGUUCCUACAAAACGUUUUCAAUUCUACUUUGAAAUACAGGGAAGAGAAGAAGUUCAACAGGAACGACUUCGUUGACUUGCUGAUUGGCAUAAGAGAUACUUUCAAUGAAAAAAACUCAGAUGUAAAUGUCGAUACAAACAGAUUAGUUUCAUUGGCCAUAACCUUUUUUGUGGCUGGAUUUGAAACUACAAGUAAUGCUCUUGCCUUUGCCCUUUAUGAGUUGUGCGUCAAUGAAAAAUGUCAGGAAAAACUGAGGGAAGAAAUCAACAAAGUUAUAAAGACUGAGGACGAUAUAACUUUCGAAAAUGUGCAGUCAAUUAAGUACUUGGAAAUGGUUAUUUGUGAAACGUUAAGGAGGUACCCAUUUGGACCGUUCCUGAAUAGAAACUGCAAAGAAGAUUACGUGAUCCAAGAAACCGGCUUUAAAAUCGAAAAGGACACACCAGUCCUGGUACCGAUCGACGGUUUGCACAACGACCCCGAAUAUUUCCCGGAACCGGAAAAAUUCGAUCCGGAACGCUUCGCCGACGGUUCGAAACACUUGGUGGCCGCGUGCAAGUACCUGCCAUUCGGAAACGGUCCCAGGAACUGCAUCGGUGACAGAUUCGGGGGGAUUUGCGCCAAAGUGGGUCUGGUGUACUUUUUGAGGAAAUACAGGGUGGAAAAGUGUCCCACGACGCCCGUUCCCGUCGUACUGGAACCAAAAUCUCCGUUCAUGACGCCCAUUCAUGGUUUGCCCAUGAUUGUUAGGAAACUGUGAACAAGGCAUUGAAAAGAUUAUUUGAUUGCCAAUGACACAUCGGUGAUUAACUAAUAUUCACGGUUAGGGUAAAAUUAAUAUUUAUUGUUUAGUAUUACACAAUUAUACACAAACCAAAGUAUUUUGAUGUUAAAGUAUUGUGAUUUCAAUUUUGUGUGUAUUCUGUCUUUCAUGUAUUUGUUUUUUGUUAAAAACUUUAAAAAUAUACAUUAAAAUAAAUGUUCUAAACUUUA